ACGAAGGGCCCGGAUAUACCCAUUGAUUUCUCGUCACAUAAGCUCAUUUUCGUGCUUGUCUGUUUCGCUUCAGUGUACAAAAGCCUCGUUUUCCGGAUUGCUAGACAACUCUGGCUUAAGCAAGCCAGUGAUACCUUACGUUCAUCAUCUGUCAUCCGAGACGAGACAUACAAGUCACGUACGUUUACCCGAUACAGUCAACAACUCGACACAAUGAGUGCCAACGGCUUAACACUCCAAUCAUCCAUUCUGGGUGCGGGCGACUCUGUGGCCAUCAUUGUGCCCUCCCAGCCUCAAGCCCUGACUGUCACCUACAAGGAGCUGGUCUCCGAAGUCGGCCGGUUCCAGCAGAAGCUCGCUGCCAUCGGCAUCGGUCAGGGGUCGCCGGUCUCGAUUGCCACUGUGAACUCAUAUGAAUUCAUUGUCUCCUUCCUCGCCGCCGCAUGGCAGCGCGGUAUUGCCGCGCCGCUGAAUCCCGCCUAUAAGCAGGACGAAUUCGAGUUCUACAUCGAGGAUGUCAAGUCAGCCAUCGUCCUCGUCCCGCGCGGCGCUUACCAGAGCGGCAGCCCGGUCGUGAAGGCAGCGCAGAAGUUCAACGCGGCCAUCGCCGAGUGCUACUGGGAUGCCACGAAGAGGGAGGUCGCUCUCGACGUCAAGGAACUCGGUCAGCUCCAGGGAAAGCCUGCACAGCCUGUCUUGAGGCCCGAGCCCGAGGACAUCGCCUUGGUCUUGCACACGAGCGGAACCACGUCCAGGCCCAAGGUCGUACCUCUCUCCCACCGGAACCUGACUCGGACCAUGAAGAACAUCCAGCAAACCUACCAGCUCACUGCCGCGGACCGGACGAUGCUCGUCAUGCCCCUGUUCCACGUCCAUGGUCUCCUCUGCGGCCUCCUUGCGCCGCUGUACUCGGGCGGAUCCAUGGUCGUCCCGCCCAGGUUCUCCGCCUCCGACUUCUGGCGCGACUUCAUCGCCCACAAGGCAAACUGGUACACGGCGGUGCCCACCAUCCACCAGAUCCUCCUCAAGAGCCCAGCCCCGUCUCCCCUGCCGCGCAUCCGCUUCAUCCGCUCCUGCUCCUCCCCGCUCUCCCCGACCGUCUUCCACGCGCUGGAAAAGACGUACAACGCCCCGGUGCUCGAAGCCUACGCCAUGACCGAAGCCGCGCACCAGAUGACGUCCAACCCCUUACCCUCCGUGGGAAAGCGCAAGCCGGGCACCGUCGGACUCGGCCAGGGCGUGGAGGUGGUCAUCCUCGACGAGGCAGGCAAGGCCGUGCCGCAGGGCCAAGAAGGGGAGAUCUGCAUCCGCGGGGAGAACGUCACGCGCGGCUACCUCAACAACGCGGACGCCAACAGGUCCGCCUUCACGCGCGACGGCUACUUCCGCACGGGCGACCAGGGCCGCAAGGACGAGGACGGCUACGUGGUCAUCACGGGCCGCAUCAAGGAGCUGAUCAACAAGGGCGGCGAGAAGAUCUCGCCCAUCGAGCUGGACAACGUGCUCACGCGGCACCCGGCCGUGUCGGAGGCCGUGAGUUUCGCCAUUCCGGACGACAUGUACGGCCAGGACAUCGGCGUGGCGGUCGUGCUCAAGGGCGGGAUGAGGUUGGAUGAGCGGGAGCUGAAGGGGUGGGUGGCGGAGAAGCUGGCCAAGUUCAAGGUGCCGAAGAAGGUCUACUUCACUGAUGUUAUGCCCAAGACGGCAACUGGCAAGAUCCAGCGGCGUAUUGUUGCCGAGACCAUGCAGAAACAGGAAGGCCGGUCGAAGUUGUAAGAGGCGCCGUUUUCGCUGAAGCAUAGGUACUUUGUAAAGCUAGUUGGCAGUGCGGCUGUAUUAGACCUGCGAAUGGCAUAGACCGUGUUGUCCGGAGUUCA